UGCAGAGAUGUGCGAGCCUCCGUCCGGGACAUACCGAUUGGAGGGCAUGCAGCCAUUCCGCGGAGCCUCACAUAGAAGUCAGAGACACCCGUCAGUAGCUUUAGUUGCGACCUCGAGACGGCGUCCACGCGCGGCCAGGUGGUGGCGAUGCCGCCGCGCCGCCAGCCGCCGGCCCUGUACCGACUCUGCCUGUCCGAGGCCGUGCUGUGGCUGUGGUCGGCCGCCGACGCCGUCUGGCAGGCGGCGCUGCUGCCGUCGGCCGGCGCCGCCGCCGCCGCCGACGAUGAGCUGCAGCUGGUGCUGCGCUCGGCGGCGCUGCGCCGGCUGCGCGCCGCCCUGCUGGCCCGUCUGCCCGGGCCGGGCCUGCAGGCGCUGCUGGACGAGACGCUGCGCGACGGCCUGCUGCCGGCGCGGGUGCGCGCCACGGCGCUGGCCGCGCUGCUGGCGCCCGGCGUCAGUCGGCUGGUGACGGGCUCCCUGCCGGAGCGGCAGCACGCCGCCCUGAUGGCCGCGCUGGCCGACGGCGGCGGCUCGCUGGCGCUGCUGGACCUGCGCGGCGCCUGGCUGGCCCAGCCCGAGCUAGAGCGGCUCGGGGAGCUGCUGCCGCAGCUGCCGGCGCUGGAGCAGCUGGUGGUGCCGCACGUGGCGUCAGACCGGCUGCUGCAGCAGCUGGCCGGCAGCUGUCCGCGGCUGCAGCUGCUCGACGUGUCCAUGUCGCGGGAGGUGACGGGGGCGGGCGCCGCGGCGCUGGUGGCCGGCGGCGCGCACCGCCGGCUGACGGUGGUGCGGCUCGGCUGCCCGGGCCGGCGCGGUGACGACCCGUCGGCCGGCGUCGCCCUGCUGUCCGCCCUGCCGCGGCUCGUCUGUCUCGGAGAGAACGAGCACGGCGCCGAGUGUGUGCUGGCGGCGCGGCGGCGCGGCGCGAUCGCCACCUGUCGGCUCACCUACCUGCACGCCUGCGUCACGGACCGGGCGCAGAUGGCCGAGCUGACCGCCGCCUGCCCCCACCUGCGCGGCCUCUACCUGGACUCGCCGCACGAGGACGCCGUGCCGCUGCUCCGCCGGCUGGCCGCGCUGCAGAAGCUCAAACUGCGCCGGGCGCCGGCGGCGGCCGUGACGGCGCAGCUCGGCGGACGGCUGGUGUGGUUGGAGCUGCUGCAGCCGCGCGGCCCGCUGGACCUGACGGAGCUGGCGCAGCUCACGCCGCGGCUGCAGAAGCUGGAGCUGGUGCAGGCGGAGCUGGCGGCGCCGGAGGAGCCCCCGCUGCCGCCGGGACCGGCCGCCGGGCUGUCGGCCGGCCCGGCGGCCUGGCCGCACCUGCUGGAGGCGCGCCUGCUGAUGACGGCCGCGCCGGCCGCCGCCUGGGAGCUGCUGCUGGCCGCCGAGCGGCUGCAGCGGCUCACCGUGGACGGCGCCGAGCAGCUGACGGACGCGCAGCUGGUGCGGCAGCUGGCGGCCGGCCGGUGCCGCCAGCUGCAGCAGCUGUGGCUCGGCUGGGCGCCGCAGCUGCACGUGCGCGGCGUUCGGGCGCUGCUGGACUCGUGCCCGCAGCUGAGCAGCCUCGGAAACGUGGAGGGCAUCGCCGUGGAGCCGGAGGUGUGGGAGCAGCUGCAGAUCGAGGCGCUGAUGGAGAACCUGGACGUGACGUUCACCACCGGCUAACGUCACACUGACUUCAGUGAUGCUGAUGACGCGCCAGGGCGGUCACCUAGAUGCUGCCUCCGUCUUUGAUUCCAGUGAUACUCGACGACCUCUGGGUGAUAAUUAUGCAGUGAAGGGUGGACGGUUGAUCAAGCUUCGUCUCGCUCGCUUUGAAUGGCUCUAGGAUCUGAUGCCGAAUGCGGAGAGGACUGCACUGACAAUGAGUCGUCCUUAGGCGGUCGGGGACGAAUAUUGCCGGAUUGACGAGAG